AUGGUUUUCUUAGGAUGGCUUAACACUGCUACCAUGAAUAAUGGACGAGUAAGCCAUACAGCAUCCGUAUUAACAAAUGAAAAAGUAUUAGUUACUGGCGGAUAUGAUCUUAGCUCUUUCCUAAACAGUGCUGAGUUGUAUAAUCCAUCAACAGGCACUUGGGCAGUGACUGGUAGUAUGAAUAAUGCACGAGAGCAACAAGCAGCAUCUGUACAAAUGAAUCGAAAUGUAUUAGUUGCAGGUGGAAUUAGUAAUUCUCUUCUAAAUAGUGCUGAGCUGUAUUAA